CGCUAUCGAUAACACAAUGUUGAGCCGGUGCGAAAUAUUUGUUUAUUUCGGCGUUUAUAUAGCUUAUAUUGUUGUGGGACUGUAUAAAAUCUAUGAGCUGCGCGAUCGUAUCGUUCAGGAGGCUCAGUUUCAGUUCUCGGAGGGCUGGAGCUUGCUGCCGUUCCUGCAGCGUCGCCGCCGCGAUGACAGCAACGACGAGUUGGAGAACUUUGGGGACUUUAUUGCGCUCUUCUGGCCCUUCUACUUGUUGCACGCGAUUGUGAGUGGAGUGCUCAACUGGAAGUGGCCACGCCUGCUGUGCCAUGGAUAUGCUGCGGUGUGUGCCUUGGCCCUGGGCCUCAAUCUCCAUUGGACAUCGCUGGCGGUGCUGACUCUGCUGGUGGCCAGCUAUUUUCUGGUGUCACUGAUCGGCUCCAAGCGCCUGGUGUGGCUCCUCUCCGCGGGCUGGAUCCUGUGGAUCAAUGUGAUGAAAAACAACACCUGGUGGAUUGACAGCGUUGGCUACACGGAGUAUGUCAUGGUGAUAGUCACGCUCUCCUGGAGCUUGCUGCGCGGCUGCAGCUUUGCGCUGUCCAGAUUGGGAGCAAAGAAGGAUGUGCCUACGUCUAGCUACGACUUGAUCGAGUACCUGGGCUACGCCAUGUACUUUCCAUGCCUCACCUACGGACCGAUCAUCAGUUACCAGCGAUUCGCGGCUCGUCGGCGGGAACAACAGAAUUGGCUGGGAUUCAUGGGCGCCGUGGGACGCAGUGCUCUCUGGUGGCUACUGAUGCAGUGCGGACUGCACUACUUCUACAUACACUACAUGGCGCGGGAUGUGCGUAUGGUGGCCAUGAUGGACUCUGUUUUCUGGCAGCACUCUGCGGGGUACUUCAUUGGACAGUUCUUCUUCCUCUACUACGUCGUCACCUACGGACUGGGCAUCGCUUUUGCGGUGCACGACGGUAUCCCAGCACCCAGCCGUCCCCGCUGCAUUGGACGCAUACACUUCUACUCGGACAUGUGGAAGUACUUUGACGAGGGCCUCUACGAGUUCCUUUUCAAGCACAUCUAUGCAGAGCUGUGCGGCAAACACUCCUCGGCAGCGCGUAAAUUCUCUGCCACUGCUCUGACUUUUGCGUUUGUCUUCGUGUGGCAUGGCUGCUACACCUAUGUCCUCAUCUGGAGCAUACUCAACUUCCUGUGCCUGGCAGCGGAGAAGCUCUACAAGACGCUGAUCUCCCUGCCGACCUACCAGAACUGGACCCUUAAAUACUUGGGCCCUGUGGGCGCUCAGCGACUGCAUGCGAUGCUGGCCACUCAGCUCUUCAUUCCCGCAGCCUUCUCGAACGUGUACUUCAUUGGGGGCCAGGAAAUUGGCGACUUUCUGAUGCGCGGCGCCUACUUGAGUGGAGUUGGAAACUAUUUGGCGCUCUGCUUUUGCAGCUAUUGUUUCUUUCAGUGCUCCGAGCUGCUGCUGGCCAAGUCAACGUCCCACACAAAGCCAAAAACCAAUUGAUUCCAGUAGAUCUAAACAACAAACUGACAA